AUGGAUCCUGUAACAGCACAAGGACGUCCUCUCCCACCUCCUUUUCUCACUAGAGAUCUUCAUCUACACCAACGCCACCAAUUCCAACCACACCACAACCACCAAAACAGCGAAGAUGAACAAAGCGGAAAUGGCAACGGUUUAAACCGUGGCCAAAAACGAGAUCGAGAUGAAAACAACGCCGGGGCCACCACUCCAACCGGAGGCUCCGCCGCAGGUGAAGCCAAAGAAUCAGGCUCAGCGGGGGGAACCGGAGAAGGAGGUAGCGAAAUGGGUCGAAGACCAAGAGGUAGACCCGCGGGUUCAAAGAACAAACCAAAACCACCAAUCAUCAUAACAAGAGACAGUGCAAACGCUCUCCGAUCCCACGUGAUGGAAAUCGCCAACGGCUGUGACAUCAUGGAGAGCAUCACCACCUUCGCGCGGCGGAGACAGCGCGGCGUUUGCAUUCUCAGCGGCAGUGGCACCGUCACAAACGUCACUCUCAGGCAACCAGCUUCACCCGGUGCAGUUGUGACACUUCAUGGAAGGUUCGAGAUUCUCUCCUUGUCAGGCUCGUUCCUUCCGCCGCCGGCACCGCCAGCGGCAUCGGGGCUGGCCAUAUACCUAGCCGGAGGACAAGGACAGGUUGUUGGUGGAAGCGUUGUGGGACCCCUUUUGGCUUCUGGUCCGGUUGUUAUAAUGGCUGCUUCUUUUGGUAAUGCUGCUUAUGAGAGGCUUCCUUUAGAGGAAGAGGAAACUCCGGUACCGGUUACCGGUAGCGGAGGUUUAGGGUCACCGGGAAUUGUAAGUCAACAACAACAGCAACAACAACAGCAACAGCCGCAGCUGGUGGCAGAUCAUAACACUGCUUCUCUAUUCCAUGGAGUGCCUCAAAAUCUUCUCAAUUCAUGUCAAUUACCAAAUGAGGGUUAUUGGGGUGGAAGUGCUCGUCCUCCUUUUUAA